GACGGGGAGCGCGCGGCCACCACUCAAGGGAUUCCCGUUCUUCUUCGCUCACUGCAAAAGACUUCAUUUAUGGGCAUGGAUGUGUAACCCUUGGCAUACCACCUUCUUAGACACCCAUAGAGGCUUUAAUACCCAUAGGCGACACUUGGAAAUGGGUUAGAAGGUGGGUUGAGGAUUGGGAUGGGUAGGGAUGAGGAUGGGGACAGCGGGGAAGGUUUAGGGUGAAGGGUAUUAGACGAGAGGGGGAAGGAUGCAACGCAGGACAGCGAGAGGAGCGAGGGGCAGCGCGUGGUGUGUGAGGCAGCUCAGGCUUUUGUGUCUCUCUCCGGGUGUUCUGCCGAGUGCACCGCCGCCCCCAGAAUGUGUGGUAUGCGGCUCGCCAGGUGCCCCGAACACCUCCACGGGUUGAGAUUACAAGUGGACCUGUGUGUGUGCCAGCCUCGCCUCGUCUCGCCUCGCCCUCACUCCCCUUCCGAGGCUCUCCAGAUACUCGCUUAGCCCAUAAUCACCCGUUUUCAUCAACUUGGUCUUAAUCCGCAGUGAAAUUCCUUUGCCCGAAGUACCCGAAGCGCGUAACUCACAUUGGGGAUUCGUCAAGCCGGGAUUUGUAUUUGGGGUUAAGAUUUGAGUCAGUUCGUCCCCUUCCGAGGCCCAGGGCGCGGGUGGGAGAGCUCGGUGCCUCCAUUCCCAUGUUUCUCCGCCGUAGGUAAAUGACGAGUCGGGACCUCUCGCAGCCUCCAGAUGACAGGUGAACGGGAGGUGGAGAGAACAGCCAAUUACAACCAAGAUGGCGACUGAGUAUACAUUGGCCUCAGUGAUGGUUUUUCUCUGAGUGUUGUGAUGUGUGAGUGCUAAACCGAAGAUUACAGUGUAUCAUGGUGUGGAUAUACCUCGGUGGACCCGCUGAGCACCAUGGCAUCGAGAGACAACCCAACGUUGGAGGUUGAUGGUGAGGGGGAGGGCGGCGGGUCGAAGGCACUCUUUCUGGAGAAGGUGCGCCAGAGUAACGCGGCGUGCCAGUCGGGGGACUUCGAGACGGCCGUGGCUCUGUACACGGAGGCCAUCGCGCUCGACCCACACAACCACAUCCUCUACUCCAACCGCUCCGCCGCCCACAUCAAGCUUGCUAAGUUCGCUCACGCCCUUCAGGAUGCCACCAAAGCCCGCGAACUCAAUCCUAAAUGGCCAAAGGUGAGUGUUAAGUGUAUGUGUGUGGUGGAAGGAGGGUCUAUGUGAGUGUGUGUGUGUGUGUGUUCCUAGUGUUUUCCUUUCGUUCAGUUUUUAUGCUCGUGUUUUUCCUUCUUUUGUUUUGUCUUUGUAGUUUAGUUUGUUGUGUUGUGUGUCUGUCUGUGUGUGUCUGUCUGUGGGGAGUUUGACUUUUCCUACACGUCUUCAGUGGUGUCUGUUUCUGUGUUGCUCUCUAAGUCAAGUCUGGUGUGCUGUGUCUGUGUCCGGGGCUUAAGUAUUGUCUGUGAAGCUGUGUGUUGCUCUUUCUGUUAAGUCUAAUAUGCUGUGUCUGUGUUUCUUUGUGUUGUUCAGAGUUACUAAGUGCUGUGUUCCUCUCUGCGUCAAGUUUGUUAUUCUGCGUCCGUGUGUUUCUGUUUUGCCUCCAAGCCUCAAGUGUUAUUAUGUCUGUGUUAUGUCUAU